GAUUUUACAAAAAUCAAUGCCUAAAGCAAAGAGUAAAAGUAAGAAGCCGGCAACCCGCGCAGCUCGGCCAAGUGCCCGCUCAGAGGCUGGCAAUCGAGGUCGUCAGCAACGGUCGAUCACAAACAGAAGCACCGUCCAGGAACCAACUGAGGAUGGAGACCGCCCAGUGUUCUUCUGGAAGGAGACGGAGAGAGACGUCGGGUUCCUCUCUCCGUGGUACACGUGUGUAUUCAAAGAAAGUGGCGUGCGAUAUACUUCGGUUGGACACUCUAUACUAGCAGAGAAAGCCCGGCUAUUUGGGGAUAAUGGUGCACUGAACCAGAUAUUGGCUGCGGAUACUGCAAAGGAGCAAAAGUUAUGGGGAGGCAAUAUAAAGGGAAUUAAUGACAAAAUUUGGGAAGAACAUGCUUUGGGUAUUGCGACUCGCGCAAACAUCGCUAAAUUCUUCGUUUCAGGGCCCUUGAAGGAGCGGUUGGAGUCCUUCGGCACGAGAGAGUUUGUACUAGCAUCUCCUCAUGAUCGAUUGUUUGGAAUCGGCUUUAAUGCCGCGGACGCUAUUCAACUUGGCAAGGAACAAUGGGGACAGAAUCUAUUUGGUCAAGCAUUACAUAUAACUCGGAGCCAGCUAGACUACACGUUGCGUAGCGCGACGGCGCGUCAAUACGACGAGCUGGGCGUGAGAUAGUAAACAUUAGGUUGCAGCAUGGCUUACAAUAUCUCACAAGGCAAGAACCUUAUCUCCUUAACGAUCCAAUCUAUUGCUGC